AUGAGGAGGGCUGUUGUUGGCCUAGCUGGCCUUUUCAGCUACACACUCGCACAAACCAGCUCUGUGAAAGUCAGUUGGAUUGACGACACUCCCGGAUACCUGGAUGGAACUACAUUUGGCGUACCUUGGUCUCGUGGACAGCACUCAGCAAACACAACAACCUUCACGAUCAAUGGCGAUGCGAACCUUCAGUCAUGGGUCACUGCGUAUUGGCCUGAUGGGAGUUUGAAAUGGACUGGACAUGCUUUGGGAGCCAGCGACUCUCCUCUUGAUCAAUAUACCAUCACAGCAACAACUUCAAGUGAUUCAACUUCAUCUCGUUCUUCGAAGCGUGCCGACGGUAUUCAAGUCAACGACUCUGAUGACGAAAUCGUAGUCGACAAUGGAAAAAUCACUGCAGCAUUUCCUAGAUCAGGCAAUGUGCUCGUUUCUAGCAUCAAAUCCAGUGGAAAGACUGUCGGGAGAAACGGACAUCUUGUAUUGCGAUCACAAACUGGUACCCCAGACGACGAUGACGAUGGCAAACCUAUUGGCAUUGACUACUUUAGCUUUACCAGCAAAAUCUCCAACGUUACUGUAUCCGAGGAAAACACUGCUCGUACGCUGGUCACAGUCAAUGGCGUUCAUACCAUAAGUGGAAAUGGUGCCCAUGAGGACUGGCUUCCGUUUGCCGUACGCUUCUACCUCUAUGCCAACUCUGAAGCGAUUCGCAUCAUCCAUACGAUUAUCUACGAUGGCAAUAUGUACAGCGAUUUCAUUUCUGGCAUCGGUAUCCGAUUCGAUGUGCCUCUGGCGGAAGAUCAAUUCUACGAUCGGCAUGUUCGUAUCGCAGGUGUCGAUGGUGGAAUCUUACAUGAAGCGGUCAAGGGCAUCACGGGUCUCCGCCGUGAUCCAGGCCAAGAUAUCAGAGCAGCGCAAUACAAUGGCACAAAACUUCCGGAUCCUUCGACUUGGGAUCAACGCGUAACUACCCGUCUACAAUGGAUCCCGACAUGGAGUGAUUAUCGUCUUACUCAACUCUCUUCAGAUGGCUUCAACCUCAAGAAACGCACCAAGGCUGGCCGGAGUUGGGUGAAGAUCCCAGACGGAACGAGAUCAGGCGGUCUUGCUUACCUAGGUGGCGCGACUUCUGGUGGUCUUGCUAUUGGUCUACGUGAUUUCUGGAAAAAGUAUCCGACUAGCCUGGACAUCUCCAAUGCUGCUACAGAUACAGGAUCGCUCACUUUAUGGCUGUACAGCCCGCAAGCAGGGCCUUUGGACCUCCGCCCAUACCACGACGGGCUUGGACAGGAUACUUACAAGAAGCAACUUGAUGCUCUUGAAAUAACCUACGAGGACUGGGAAUCGGGUUACGACAGUCCAGUAGGUAUUGCGCGCACCAACGAGUUGUACAUCUAUGCUUUCGACACCACUCCCUCGGCUGAGAAACUCCCCGUGCUCACCAACUUCACGAACAACCCGCCAGUACUCAUUCCAGAACCUAAAUACAUGGCUGACACAAAAGCACUUGGGUCUUAUUGGGGCGUUCCAGGUGCAGUCAACUCUGCCCAAGCUCAAACCAUUGAAAAGAAUAUGGAUUUUCUCAUCGAUUUCUACAAAGACCAGAUCGAGCAAAGGCGCUGGUAUGGUUUCCUUGACCAUGGCGAUAUUAUGCACACUUACGACAACGACCGCCAUCAGUGGCGAUAUGAUAUUGGCGGGUACGCCUGGGACAACUCGGAGCUAUCACCCGAUCUCUUCUUCUGGGACUACUUCCUCCGUACUGGCAGUGCUGACGCCUACCGCAUCGCUCACGACCAAGUGCGCCACGGCGGCGAGGUUGAUUCCUACCAUAUCGGCAACUUCACCGGUCUCGGUACGCGGCACGGCGUACAGCACUGGAGCGACAGCGCUAAACAAGCUCGUAUCUCGACACCGGUAUACCGCAAAGCUUUCUUCUACAUCUCCGGCGGCGACGAGCGAACAGGGGAUCUUGUCCGCGAAGUCCUCGACGCAGACCAAGCCUUCCUCCGCGUAGACGCCAGACGCAAAGUCCGCGAUCCAUCCAUCAUUUACAACCCGGACCCCACAGCUCUCUUCCUCAACUUCGGCACCGACUGGGCCGGCAUCGCACAAGCCUACCUCAUCGAAUGGGAGCGCCACGGACCCCGCUGGCAAGACUCGUACAACAAGCUUGUCAAAGCCAUUACUUCGUAUCCCAAGCUCAAAAACGGCUUCGUAACCGGCGAGGCAUUCUACAACAGCCUGACCGGCGAAUGGGCGCCCCCUCCUACCGAUCUCAACAACACAGGCCAAAUCACCGUAUCCCAUCUCUCCGGCGUCUUCGGUGUCCUCGAGACCAUCGAUCAGCUCAUCGACCAUUUCGGCCCCGAACAGCGCAACUUGACCAAGCCGUUCUUCGACGCGUUCCUGGAUUACUGCUACUUCUAUGGCGCGAGCAAGGCGGAGCAGAAGGCACGGUACGGUAAUGACUUUGGAAAUCUCAAUUUGAAGCAGGGUCACUCGCGGUUCACGGCGUAUGUUGCUCAUCAUAGAAAUAAUGCGACGCUUGUGCCACGCGUGUGGUCCGAGUUCUUGGGUGAUGGAAGCAAAGAUGGUCUUGCACCCAAUGCGCCGUGGAAAGCGGUUAGAAUCGAUGGGAGUGAUGCGUUGAGUGCGGUUGAUGAGGCGACGUGGGUUAGUACGAAUGCAGCGGCCUUGUACGGAGUAGCGGGAAUUGAGAAUUUGGCACUGGUAGGGCCGCCGGAUGUAAAUAUCAUUGGGGGCGGUAAUGCUACGAGCAAAAGAUGGGCAUAA